CGUACUUCCGGUUGCUGUCUUCCUGAGUGACGUCAUGAGAGCUUGAAACCGGUUGCCUUUCGAAAGGUUUUGCUGCUCAACAUAUAAACAAAACAAGUUUGGGCUUUUUUUGGGGUUGUACUUGCUAUUUAUAUGAACUAUUUACGCUUUAACAAAUACAUUCGUUGCUCAUUAACGUUCACAAUGAUUAUGCUAUGUUUUUCACUUGACACUUUGUGAGGAGAUCGUCAAGAAUAAUUGAGGAUGACCGCGGUGAAUUUGUCAUUCGCUGCUUGCGGGUUUCUGGGCAUCUACCACCUGGGAGCUGUGGAAGCCUUCCUGCGCCAUGGCGACAAGCUGCUGGCCUCCCUCAGAGCCUGUGCUGGGACCUCAGCUGGGGCUCUAGUAGCUGCUGUUAUGCUCACCGCUCCUGACAAAGUCAAGCACUGCAAAGACUUUACGUAUAAUUUAGCUACUGAUGUGAGACAACAGAGAUUUGGGGCCGUCACCCCAGGAUACAAUGUCUUGCUCAAGCUGCGGGAAGGGAUUGAAGAGAUGCUUCCUGCUGAUGCCCACAUUCUGGCAUCUGAUCGCCUUCAUGUCUCAUUGACGCAUUUCAAAAGCGGGAAGAACCACAUCGUGUCCGAGUUUAAGUCCAAAGAAGACCUCAUCAAGAGAGUGCAGUGCAAAACUGCGCACACAACAAGGAGACGAAGCAGAAGAACGAGGAAGAUACAGCCGUGGCGACGCCGACGACGAGCUCUCCUGGCUAGCAGCUUUGUGCCAAUCUAUGCUGGAUUCCAACCGGUGGACUUCCAAGGACAGAAGUGGAUUGAUGGCGGAUUCACUGAUAGCCUUCCGAUCCUGCCUGUGGGUCGAACCAUCACUGUGUCCCCGUUCGCUGGGCAGCAGAACGUGUGCCCUUUGCACAAGGGCAGUGAGUUUAAGACUCAACUUAGGUUGGCCAAUAUGAAAAUAAAUUUUUCUGUGGAAAACAUCAAACGCCUGAACCAGGCUUUGUUCCCGCCACCAACCUGCCGCAUGCAGUCCCUCUGUCAGGAAGGUUUUGAUGAUGCCAUGAGGUUCCUCAAACGGGAGGGUUGGAUAAGCUUGAGGAUUCAAUGAAACAUGGUUUCACAUUCAAUAACUGUGGAGGUUCUAGACCAGGGAUUGGAAACUGGCAGCUCCUUGAUCUGGCUCACUUCAAAAUAUUCUUUCAAACUCUGGGGUGAGCAAAAAAAAUGCAUUUUUGAAAAGAGUUCUUUAAAUUCUGACCCUUUUAGCACAUGAUUGUGUCCUGACUGGGGGGCAGGAGGAGUGCGUGAGCGCAAGAAAAAAGAAGCAAAAUCUUGGAAGCACAUGGUCUAAUUUUACAUGGACAGAAUCCUUUGUCUGUAAAAUAAAUAAAACAUGCUUAAAAGGUAA